GUGCCCCAUUUUUACCCUAUAAAUGCCCUCCUAAUUAGUCCCUCAUAAACACCAAACCAUUGAAAUCUAGCCACUAUCACUUGCCACGCUUUAUUACUCACCAAAAUGAGUACUCUCAUUUUCAUUCUCUUUACCCUCUUCUUCACAUAUGCCAAUGCAGCUACCAUUAUAGUUCGUAACAAUUGUCCCUACACGGUUUGGGCUGCCGGAGUCCCCGCAGGAGGUGGCAAACGCCUCGACCGUGGCCAAACAUGGACGAUAAACACCCCUCCGGGGACUAAACAAGCCCGAGUUUGGGCCCGAACCGGAUGCAACUUCGAUGCAUCCGGCAAGGGAAAAUGCCAAACAGGAGAUUGUAAUGGUCUCCUUGAAUGCAAAGCCUUUGGUGCACCCCCAAAUACACUGGCUGAAUUUGCACUAAAUCAAUUUGCAAACAAAGAUUUUUUCGAUAUAUCCCUUGUUGAUGGCUUCAAUGUUCCAAUGGAAUUUAGUCCUACUUCCAAUGGGUGCACCCGUGGCAUAACAUGCAAAGCUGAUAUUAAUGGACAAUGUCCUAAAGAAUUGAAAGCUCCAGGAGGUUGUAAUAAUCCUUGUACUGUGUUCAAGACCGAUCAAUACUGCUGUAACUCCGGCAACUGUGGACCGACGAAUUUUUCGAGGUUUUUUAAGCAGAGGUGUCCUGAUGCAUAUAGUUACCCUAAGGAUGAUCAAACUAGUACCUUCACUUGUCCUGCUGGUACAAACUAUAAGGUUGUGUUUUGUCCUUGAAUGGAUUAAAAUUUCAUGCGGUUGUAAUAUUAGUAUAAUUUAGCUAUCUACUUUUGUAUUUGGAUAAAGCAAAUUUAUCCUCCUAGCUAGGAGGUUUAAUUACUACAAGCCAAGGAAAAUAAAGAACAUCUUUAUGAUGGGGUUGUUCGGUUGA